AUGGGAGAAUUAGGUAUCAGAAAAGGUGUUACAAAGCAAGGGGUCAAACCCGGGAAGGCUACCAUAUUAGCUCUUGGGAAGGCUUUCCCUCAUCAGCUUGUCAUGCAAGAGUAUUUAGUAGAUGGAUAUUUCAGGUGCACAAACUGUGACAAUCCUGAGCUUAAGCAGAAGCUCAGUAAACUUUGCAGAACAACCACAGUGAAAACAAGGUACGUGGUUAUGUCAGAGGAAAUUUUGAAAAAGUAUCCAGAACUUGUGGCUGAAGGCAUCCCCACAGUGAAGCAGCGGCUAGAGAUAUGUAACGAGGCAGUCACAGAAAUGGCCAUAGAGGCUUCACAAGCUUGCAUCAAGAACUGGGGUGGAUUGUUAUCAGACAUAACACACUUGGUUUAUGUGUCAUCCAGUGAAGCAAGACUACCCGGUGGUGACCUUUACCUAGCGAAAGGACUAGGACUGAGUCCUGAUACUCAACGAAUCAUGCUCUAUUUCGCAGGUUGUUCUGGAGGUGUGGCUGGCCUACGCAUUGCAAAAGACAUAGCUGAAAACAACCCUGGAAGUCGGGUGUUGCUUGCUACUUCAGAAACUACAAUUAUUGGGUUCAAGCCACCAAGUGCUGAUAGACCCUAUGAUCUUGUUGGGGUGGCACUCUUUGGGGAUGGUGCUGGUGCCAUGAUAAUUGGUUCAGACCCAAUAUUGGAGUCAGAGAAGCCUCUCUUUGAGCUUCACACGGCAGUUCAGGAGUUUUUGCCUAAAACUGAGAAGAUAAUUGAUGGGAGGCUGACAGAAGAGGGGAUAAGCUUCAAGCUAGCAAGGGAACUUCCUCAGAUAAUUGAAGACAAUGUUGAAGGAUUCUGUGACAAAUUAAUGAGUGUGGUUGGGUUCCAGAAUAAGGAGUACAACAAGUUGUUCUGGGCUGUCCAUCCAGGGGGGCCUGCUAUCUUGAAUCACAUUGAGAAGAGACUUGAUUUGUUGCCAGAGAAGCUGAGUGCAAGUAGAAGGGCUCUAAUGGAUUAUGGCAAUGCUAGCAGUAAUACCAUCGUGUACGUGCUGGAGUAUAUGAUUGAGGAGUGUCUCAAGAUUAGAAGAGAUGGCAGAGGAGAUCCUGAAUGGGGCUUGAUACUUGCAUUUGGACCCGGAGUUACAUUUGAGGGAAUUAUUGCUAGGAACUUGUGUGCUUGA